AUGGAGACCAAAAAAGAGAAGAAGAAACGCAACAAGAAGAACCGCUUGAAUAUCAACUGGAACAACUCUCUUAUGGAGCCUGCACCUGAGCCCGAGCCGGAAGGUUGGCCCGAGCCAGAACCCGAGCCGGAACCUGAGCAGGAACCUGAGCCGGAAACGCCCCCAUCCGAAGAAGCUUUUCAAGACUUGGAAAUUCCAUAUAAAGAGAGAAGCGUGUGGACCGGGCAAUUACGCGAGGCAUUUGAACGGAGCCUAGUCGUUCCUAGUCCACUACCUACCGAAUUGAGCUAUGACUUCACGCCACCCAAAAAUUCUGGGUCUUGGGAAGAUUUCACUCCUGUGUUACUCGAACAAGCUCGACUAUACGUGCUGGCUGACAAAUAUUGCAUCGACUCAUUGUGCCAACUGGUACUUUCUAAAUUGCAUCAAACAUUGGAAAACUUCAAACUUUACGAUACGGGAUUAAGUGGCAUCAUUGAACUUGUUCGAUAUGUCUACAUGAACACAGCACCGAAUUACGGUGAAAAGAUUGAUGCCAUGAGGAAUUUUGUAACUCGUUACGUUGUUUCAAUUCUUGGUCAAAUCGGGGACAAUGGAUGUUUCCGAGAGAUUCUAGAAGAAGGCGGCCCUUUCGUCUGUGAUUUCUGGCGCAUCAUUUGGGGUAUUAGAGAAAAUUAUAGCGCAUGA